ACUCGACGGUCCCCUCUGGUGAACUCCGCUUCGAUUUUUUUUUUUUGAAUGACUAUAAUCCGCAAGUAGGGCAUUUUCGCUCUCGAUCUUGUACGAGCUCAGGUCGGAACAUGAGCCUUGCUGCGUCAACUGCAUCAUCUUUUGAUUGUGAAGAUGUUGCAAUGGAGGACAGGGCAAUGGCAGGACGAUUUGACUUUGAGAAGUUCCGGGGCCAAACGGAGAGCAGAGGUGGCGUCGCAGAGGGAGGGAACGGGGAUCUAGUUGAUUCUAUACGCGGUGCUGUUUCGUCCGUCUUGGGGGAUUUCAACCUUUCGCAAUUUGACUUGGUAUAUCCACAGUCAGAGCCAGAACCAGCUACAGAAGAUGCCGAUGAUGAGCCUGAUUUCGAUGAUUUUGACUUGGUUUAUCCUGAAACUCCUCCUGCUUCUCCUCCGCCUCUGCUAGCACCAGGCAUUUCCGAGGCUCCGCUUCCUAGCGAGGAAUCCGCGGAGCCUCCCGUAUCCCAGCCGGAAUCAAUUCAAGCUCGUCUGUUAAUUCGAUUACCAUCCAGAAAAGCGUUGCAGUCUCCAACAAAGCAACCACCAACUAAUAACCGCCCAGCCAGUCCGGAACCCGCGGUAUUCACUGCUCCCUCAGCAUCGCAAAACCUUUUCGUCUCCACGCCUCUUCCUCCAACAGGCACCCUUGCUGCCCAUCAGCCAUUACAGAAAUUACAGGCUGAUAUUCUACCCCCACGCGUCCCGCGAAUUACUUCUCUACGUCUUUGUUCCAAUCCUGGAUGUAAUGGUGUGGUUCGUGUUGAUGGUACUCGCCGCAGAUGCAUGGGCUGCAUCAUGAGGGGCUGGACUAGCGGAAAUUACGUGCCACCUGCAGAGUCUGUGAAAAAAACAGCACAAGUAGCUCAGAAGAGGAAGAGCAGUAAGAGCAGUAAGAAACGUGUAUCGUGGUUUGAUGGUUACGGAAAAGAUGAACGGGAGAGUCAGGAUGCCAUGGAUGUUGAUGAGGAUGAAGAAAUCCAAGUCGUGUCAACAGAAACUGAUAACGACGCCCUGGGUGCUGAUGUGCUCAUCCGUGGAUGGGACAGUGAUCUCACCGAAUCUGACGAGGACGAUUUCAAUCUCAAUUCUAUGCUAGCAAAUGAACCAGACCUCAGCGCAGAUUGUAACGCCGUUCUAUCAUCUGGAUACUCUUCCAUAAGUUGUACGAUCAAGCACUGUCGGAACUUUCUUCCUCUGAAUUAUACUUGGAAAUGCUGCCCAACGUGUCGGAAAUAUCGUCGGGAUUAUCAGAGGAAACGGUUGGGAUGUGAGAAAGACAAAUAUCAGGGGGACCAGUCAACAUUUGUUCCAUCUUCAGGCUCAGCCUCAAUUCCAUUGAAGAAGGUCCAGUCAAAAAACCAAUUGGGAUCAUACGCCUUACACGAUCCCGCAGGUCUUGUCACUGUCGGAGCCCGGAUAUGCACCAUCCGUGGCUGCAAGCACAUCGUUCCCAACAAAGUUGAGUACAAGUUCAAGUUGUGCUUCCCUUGUCGGAUUCGCAGUGCUCGGAGUGCCAGGAUUCGGCAAGCAAGAGCGGAGCAGUCGAAAGCCAUGUCAAGCUUGGUAACUGAAGUCGAAGUUCCCGUCGAGAAAGCAUUUCCUCUUGUUGACGUCCCACCACCACAAAAUCCUCUCCGUGCGGCGGUGGGACGCUGUGCUAGUAUGGAUUGUGGACUGAAGCUUGAACCCUCAAAACUUAAAUCCUUCCAAACCAAAGCCAAAAAUCGUCUAAAUGUUACAGAUAUGGAGAUGCUUCCUUCAUUAUCAUCUCCUGAUCCUGGUGCGACCGGUGAAUUAGGUGAGACAGAGAAUGUAGAGACCAACGAUAGUGAGGCACUUUGCGACCAAUGUACAUGGAGACGACUGCCGCCUGAUGUUCGGAGAAGUAGAAAGGUAGAGGUGCAUAGAAGAGUAAGGAUUGUUCUUGACUGCGAGCGUGAUUCCACCAAAUUGCACACUGAUGGCGGUGGUCCCUCGCAAUUGAAGCCUUGUAUACGACCGAACGUUCCGGCCAUAAAGCUUCCUCAGAGACCUAUACCCCCUCCGAAGCCCCGUAAUCCGACACCAUACCCGGAAUACCAAUCCAUCUCUCACCUCAUAUGCGAUUUACAGAGUCUAUUCAAAUCCUUCAUCCAAGCCCAAGGUUUUUACCUUGCCUUCAGCCUCACUUGUAAACAAAAUUCAACAGCGUCAACGGGGCACACAAACAAACCAUCCGAGCCUCCCCAUGUCCUUAAUUCUGAGGCUCCCUUCUCCGAUACCACGUCCACCAAUGCCAUACAUCCUUGUAAUUCUUUUAAUUCCUCCAAAUUUUCUAAUAAUCCCAGUUCCUUGUCCGCCUCAAAACUCAAUCCGAUAAUCCCGAGAACUAUGUCGAAAUUCGCAUUUGACGGGGAAUUCUCCAUCGUGGCUCCCGACUUUGAAUUGCUCGAGCGCAAAGACGAGGUAAACGAAUUUGUGACAAGUGCGAUGCACCAAAUUGAAAAAGUGGCGUCGGUCAAAUUUUUACCGAGUAGUCGUUCAUGCGUAGUUGCAUACGGAGGGCUCAUCACCCGUUUUGCUUGUCGAGGGAUGGUACCCAUGAUUCUUCCUCCUGGAGUCACACCAACGAUGGCGGUGCCUCUUAUGAGAGACAUGUUUGGCGAAUUAGAGGUUGUCGUGCUCCCUGUAGACUCGCAUCGAUGUUUUCCUGGUCAGAGGACGGUGGUCAGGUUUAGGCUUGUGGGUUGAUUACCAAGUCGUAAAUUAGGUAGAAGCGGCAUGCAGAUAAUGGGGGUUGAAAUUUCGUGGUGGCUGUGGGUGGUAGCGAGGAGUAUGAUAUUCGUUAAGUUAGAAAAUAUCUUGUUUAUAUGGAACAAAUCUAGUCGUGUAGCUUAUAUUUUUGUACUUAGUGUGUACGCAGACUCAGUCU